GUUCACAGGUAUGUCGGUUGAAUUUCCUACUCACCUUGUAUUACCGGCACACGCGGGGCUGCCUCUCUAUCACCACGCUCCUUACUAGCUACACUUUCUCCCUCUCACACUGUUUCCUUUCUCUGUUGUCCCUUUACUUUUUAUUGUCUACUCGAAUUUGGGCUUUUCUUUAUAUGCACAUAAUUACUCUACCUACAUUGGUCCUAUCUGGCAGUAUAUCCUGUGGGUUGCGGAGCUCCUGCCGAGCUCCGACCCUCCAGCGAUAGCUAGUGUGCAACAUGAUGCUGACAGAGCCGUCUUUCUCGUUCAGCUUCAGCUAUCCCAACGGUGAACCUCAGACCCCUACGAGGACUCCCCCGACAACCACAAUCUUUGGCGAUUCCGCUUUUCAGACUCCCAAACUCGAAUCCAGCUUCUUCGAUCCCCGGGUUACCUGGGAUACUUCGGACCCCUAUGCCUCGAGUCCGGAAUUCCUCCGCACGCCCCAGAAGUUUGGGCUGAGCACACCUUCCAUCAACCCUCUCCGGCUGCCGGACACUGCCUCCGACCGACCGACAGACACUGAGGACAAUUCCCGGAAUGGCAAAGCGGCGGAGCAGGACACAGAUACGGCCAAGAGACGUCGUCCGUCGAGGCCACAUGGGCAUGUGGGAGAGGACGGUCCUCGCACGGUAGAUUCAGCCAAAUCUGCUGCGACAAUUCAAACCCCUCCUCCCAGCAGUGCUUCUAGGAAGAAGGUGACGGGGCUUGACGAGGCCACUGGUACAGGUCGACGGCCGUCCGCCUCGAGUAUGGUUGGCGGCCAUUUAGAGACUCCCAGUCGGUUACUGGGGGCUUCCCCACGACUCUUCGGAGAUCUUCAAUCCUCCCCAGACCCAUUCCAGCUAGGAGCAAUCGAUUCUGCAGCCUCUACAUUCUUCCCACAGCAAAGGCUAUUUUGGGACCAUGAUUUCAACCAGCACGAGAGCAAUAUGGGCCUGUCGGCCAGUAACAACCUCGAUUUGUUUGACCUUCAUGCCAAUGACUCCUUCCAUGUCAACCACACCACCGCCCCAGAUUCUCACAUCCCACAAUUGCCCAUAAUCGAAGGGAACACGGACCUCCCCGAUUUCAACAGUAGUACAUAUAACCUCUCCUCUGGGGUGACCACUACCGACGCUGCCCUGUUUCCUGCCCCUUUUUCUACUUCCCCUCGCCGCCCUAUCACAAAAGCAGAAGAUCCAGCGCUGUUUCUGAGCUCCCCUGCACGCCGAUUUGGUGGGCUGCAGCCGACUCCCGAGAAGAGGCUCUUUUCCCGACCGACUCGCCAGCCCUACCAUCACCAAACGGAAGAGUCCAAGAGAGAAGAGCUCCGCCGUGCUCGCAGCGUCAACCACCAUAUUCCUGUUUAUGAGGAUGAUGAUGACGAUGACUACACUCCCCGUCAGAUGAGGCCUGCUCUGACUCGUAGCCUAACGCACAGUGCUAUUGCAGGGUCUGCCAGCCGAUCGGCGUCUGGGUGUAUGAUGGCUUCCAACGGAAUCCGGAAGAGUCCCUCCAAGGGUCGCUCGUCGCCUAUCAAGCCCAUUCGUCAUCAGCUGUCGAGGGCAAACUCGGUGGCUGCUAGUCUGCCCAGACGCUCUCAGUCUGUAGUCCUCAAAAUAGGGAAAGACGGUAGAGCUAAGGCGGAAAUGCAACCUGUGCCCGAGGCAUCCACCGGCUUGACGGACCCCCUCACAGGAAUGGACUUGGAUGGCUCGACCACGGAAAGCGAGUAUGACUCGGUGGACUACUGUGAAUACCCACUUGUCCCCAGCCGCAACCCUUCGUUUGCAUUUUCCGACGCCAGUGGUGCGACGAUUGCUCGUAGUGACUGUGGUUCACGGCCCCAUUCGAAGGGUUCCUAUACCUCUACGGCAGCGUCGUCCUCGGGACGAGCAUCGCCAUGGGCUGACGCCGGUCGAGGGCCUUCCAGGCGACCACAGUACAAGCCUACUCUGGAUGACUGGAAGCGCACCCCGAAGAAGCAGUUGACAACGCUACACUCAGACCUGUCAUACCUCAGUGCCGGUUCCCUAGGCGAGCCUUUUGCUGAUCCCGAGGACGACAGCGGUGACGCCCAGCAUGCACUCCGGAAGGUCCUUCAAGAGAGAGGUCGGAUCCCUCGUCCGCACACUGUGAGCUACGGGUCACGGAUCAGCCGUUCUGCUCGCUCUCUCGCCCACCUCCGAUCGUCCCCGCCACGAUUUGGUGCGGAGCUUGACCUCAGCUCACGAACCACGAACACAUCGCCCACGACCAUGACCGACCCCGACAUAGCCACCCCCGUCACCGACCGCUUCAGCAACCCCAGCAAUGGGACCCGGUGUGUCUGCAAUUCCAUGGACAAUGGUGGCCACCUCAUGAUCCAAUGCGAAUCAUGCAGUCACUGGUUGCAUACCAAGUGCGUCGGACUGGAGCGGGCCAACCUGCCAUCCGUGUAUGUGUGCAUCUUCUGCGCCCAGACUCCCACUCGAAAGAAUCAUCGGGUCCGAGUGCCUGUCGGGGCUCCUGGACACGCACCCACCUCGCCUCUAGCUCAUAAAUCCUACCGAUUUCGAUGAACGUAAUGACCACGGCGCCCAAUUGGCGUCUUUUUUCAUUCUUCGUGUACCAUUCUCGCACCGAGUUUUUGUACGACUUGACCUACAUCCCGGGUGGGUUCUUUUUUUGCAUUGAUGGUCUCGCCAACAGGCAGGCCUACGCCUUUCAUUUCCCCUUUUCCACCGGGUUUCCUUUGUUCAUCUGUGUGCCAGAGCUUAGACAUACCCCCAAUUCCUUGCGACGUACAUUUCAUCCGCUUCGAGCGGUCAUGUAUCACAUCCCAGCGAUGACUGAUCACCUGUGGAUGUUGGAUGUUUUUAAUUUGUUCUAUUAAUUGUGUGGCGAGAGACUUGUGAUACCUGUACUCUUAUAUGUUCGCCACCCUGAAAUGAAACCAACUACCAU